AUGGGUAAAAAAUACAUCCUUUCUAAACGCAAAGCCAGUACCGCUUCUGAUACUGCUGGUAGCAAUAGAGAAAGAAAAGCUGAGGUAGUUGGAAAUGUCUCAAAAAGGAAGAAAAAUAAAGAGUCGGUGUCCGUAUUUGAUUUGGAGUUAAAGGAGAUAAGAGACUACGUCGAUUUCAGUGAAGAUGUUGCCAAGCAUAGUGCUAGUGGUGACAGUGAAGAGAGCGAAGAUGGUGGAAGAAGGAUUACUGAUGAUAACGGGGAUUUGGGCGGUAACUCCGUUGAAGUACACAUUGGUGAUGAUGAUAUUCCGAGUACCUCCAAAGAUACAGCGGGGGCCUUAUUCCCCGGGGAUCUUCAUAAGCAUGUUGCUGCGCUCGAGGAAGCGGUGUUGGAUAUUGUUGCCUAUAUUAGAGAGAAAAGACUGAAGAAAAAGGAACAAGAUGAGCGACAGCACGAGCAAGAAGAAGAAGGUGAAGAAGCACCAAUUGAAGAAAGUCCAAAAGAAGCAGCUUCAGAAGCAGAAGAAGAACUUGAAAAAGAAACAGCAGCAGAUGUUGAGAUAAAAGGAGAAGAAGGUGAAGAAGCACCAGCCGAAGAAGUACUAGUUGCUGCUGAUGCUAAAAUAACAGGAGAAGAAGCGAUCUUGAAGAAGCAGCCGAAGCUGCUGAGAAAAAAGGAGCUGAAGUUGACCAAAAUGAUUUGGUCAUGGAUAUCGUAG